UUGUUUAUUCCUGUUCCCACUUGUUCGUGUCACCCGCGGCCGGAGUCAGCUGAUCAGUCUCGAAAGAAGUGCUUCAGAGGCAACACUUUAGGAAAUGGAUGACAUAAAAGACGUCACUGUGGAGCCCCUGACUUCGUCGCAGUUUGUGAAGCCUUAUCGAAUGCAUUACAAACAAAAUAAUGUGGAGAAAAUCUGGGAUCUAGUCAGUCUCCAUGAGAGUGUCUCCAUUAUUAUCUUCAACACAGAUAGAAAGAAACUUGUUCUUGUAAAGCAGUUCAGACCAGCUGUGUAUUAUGGUGGAAUACCGAGGGAGGAGCGGAAACUGGGGAGCACAGACACGUCCAAAUACCCAGGCUCAGCAGGACUGACCAUAGAGCUCUGUGCGGGUAUUGUUGAUAAGACUAAAGAUUUAGCACAGACUGCAAAGGAAGAAGUGUUGGAAGAGUGUGGAUAUGAGGCACCGCUGGAAAGCUUUGAGAAAGUGUUGAAAUACAGAUCUGGCGUGGGAGUAUCAGGUGAUCAGCAGACAGUGUUCUAUGUGGAAGUAACAGACAAGAUGAAAGUAUCACAAGGAGGAGGAUUAGCAGAUGAAGGAGAAAUGAUAGAAGUUGUGGAAAUGUCCAUACCGGAAGUCCAACAGUACCUGAGUCAGCCUGAAGUGAACUCUCCUGGGGGCCUUCUCUUCGGACUUAUGUGGUUCUUGAAUAACAAGGCCCCAAAAGAGUAGCUUUUAUUAGACGGGCCAUAACCUAGAUUAUCAGGAGUGCUUUUUCUUAUUCUUAUUCUUUUUCCUUUCUUUUAUACCACCUUGAGUCCUGAAGAUUCUGCAAAUGUUUUGAGGGUACAAGUUUUAGCACCUUUUUUUUUUAUUUCUUAGAGAUACAGUAUUAUGUUUUCUGUAUUUUAGUAUUUACUCCAUUUGUGGGAACUAUGAUGUACAUUGCUGUAGAACUAACAUGUUACCUGGAGAAAUGUGCAAAUACAAUAACAGCUCAGGAGUUUGGUUUAGCUAUCUUAUCUCUUAGAGGAUGGAACACCACCAUUGUUUUCAGAAGUGUGUAUGCACUAGAUAGAACAUGGCAAAAGUCUUAAAAAAAAAGCUUUUAAACUGUACACAUUAGAAAUAUCUGUGCAUUAAAUUAGAUUUUAAAAAAUGCACUUUUCCCAUCCUGUGUGCACAUGAAGCUUUGAACUUUCCUGUUCUUUAGGAGGUAAUUUACAUUUACAUGUAUAGUGUUUCACAGGUUAAAGUUAGACUUUGUAAGACCACAGUUUUGGUUCCUUAUAAGUAACUCUUAUUUUGUUUCCAUAUUUUAAAAGUCAAUCACGAUGAUAAUAUGAUAUUCCAUGCAUGAAGAUGAAUUUUGAAAAAGGCUUUUAAAAUCUUUUAUAAAAGGAACCAGAGUAUAUGGUUUAAACUUUUAUUUUUUAUGUUAGAGAGUACAAAUUUUCUCAGUUUUAUUGCCUGUAUAUAACAGGUACAGUGAAUAAAUGUAUGCAGUGAUAUAUUCAGUAAUGUUGAAAUGGGUGCCAGUAGUACCUCUACAGCUGCAAAUGCUGUCCUCUUAAUGAAAUUCACAUUGAAAUGUCAAUGUUAAUGAUAGCAAAUGUCAUAAAACAAAAUAGACCUCUCUUAGGAAAGAAUUCAUCAUUGUACAUCCAUUCACUAAAGAUUCACUUGAUAAAAAUAAUCUCUUGUGUUAAAAAAAUUUAUAUAGUAGUACCAAAAUUGAUUUUUUUUGUUUCAUUUUAUCCUAAUUUUUUUCUGGACUAAUUUCUCUAUAAAGUACUGUACUUUUCUUAUAGAAAGAUUUCAGAUGUAUGAAAAAUCGCAUGGAACAAACCAGAUAUUUUCACAAUGUCCUGGGUUUCAUUUAUGUUGCUUAGUGCAAAAGUUAACAGGAAAAUACUCCAGAAGUAAAUAAGCUCUUUGUCAGGAACGGAGUAUAGAAACUACUUUCUGAAAUUUGCCUGCAGUAUUCCUUUAUAAUCCAUCUUUAAUCUUCAGACUAUAAAAUGCUAAUUAAUAAUCCACUGUGCUCUUUAAACUAUGCAAAUCCUGUUCCAGUCUGCAUUUUUUUCAAAAUAUAUGGAACUCUUUUGCCUUGUAAGUCUUUAAUAUUUCCUCCAUAAUUCUAAAAUAUGAAGCUUAAAUAUUGACAUUCUUAGUUUAUUGCUUUUCUUAUUGUUUAUGCCUUGAUGUCUGGCACUCAUUAUUGUUUAAUUCAUUUGAAUGUUAGUGUAAGGUGUCACUUCUACCACAUAGUGCUUGGCUGCCAUAUUGACUGCAGCAUGCUAGGUAAUAGAUAGAUGUGAUGGUUAAUCCUGUCAACACUGGCAAAGUGAUAUUUUCUGUUGUAUACAAUUGUAUUGACGGAAAAAUGCUUCCAGGCAUUGUGAAAUUUUCAGUUGCUACAUCUCACUGCUUGGUCAUGGUGACAGGAACACUCAGCAGUCAGUGAACUGUAGAAUGUUUACUUCUUGGUAUGGCAUUUUUAUGCUACUUGAUGCCACCCACAAUUACCAGGGUCCUUGAACAGUUCUUCAUUGCUUACAUAAUCCAUCUUGGUCUGUGUCCAUUAAUGCAGUUGCUUCCUGGUGUAGUGCCUGAUUUUAACACUGAUCAGCAUCAAUGGUACCACUACCACCAUCAAAGUGCCCAUCAGUGGUUAUGUGCUUUCUUUGUCGUCUGGCCCAUCUCCUUUUGCACUUGCUAGAAAACUGCCAUCUGCUGUCUUGCCAUCCACAACUUUUCUACCUCAUUUGCCUGAUCUUUGAGCAGCUCAUUCAGUGACUGUAGCCUGCUAUUGCAACAGCAUCAGUUCACCAUCUUUGCAUCACUUGAAGGGCAAUAAAGUUCAUUUGUAAGUGCUGAACCACCAUGCAUUAUUUUGCAGUUCAAAAAAAACAUACUCCAGUUUUAGUUGUCUAUGAUUUAGAUAGUUUGGUUAAUCAUAAAAAAGAAGCUUACUUACCUUCUAUAUAUGACAACUGUGAGUCAUCCUUGUAAUGAGAAGCAAUAACAGAUGUGUGCAAAAGUUACAGGACUACAUUUACAUUUUCUUAAUGUACUUACAGCUGUUCCUGCUGUUUAAUUUAAAGAAAAUCCAGUUGAUAUUUUUGGCCGAAAGUUUUAAUGGUUGGGCCAAAGCUACUUAAACACAUUAUAUUUACAGAUUCAUGUUACACAGCUCUCUUUAGCCACAAUAAAGAAACCACAAGUUAGUAAAAUACUUGAAAAUAUACAAAUAUGCAAUUAGGGUCUAUGAGUGUAGAUAGUGAUGUACAAAAUUUAGCUUAUGUUGAAUCUAAUUGGCUUUAUUUGAAUGCUUACUCUUGUUCAUUUGUGUGUCAUUUACUUCACAUUUCUAAAGAAUCAGAAUACUCCUCUGUGGUAUUUAUAGAUGGUAAUUUCAUGUACUUUAUGUUUUAGUUGUUUUUUAUUACUUUGUAUGAGCGGUUAUCAGUAUUUUCAUUUUGUUUGUGAGAACUUAUUUAUAUAGUUUCAUGUACUUAAAAGUAUAGGUUAUAUUUUUAUUUCAUUUUAUUUCCAUCUUAGAUUUUAAUACUACACUGAUACAAUAUUACUGUAGUAUUUAUUUGUGUAUUAUGUAUUUAUUUGUUUUAGAUCUUGGAAACAACAGAUUUCAGUAUUAAUCUGUUGUAGAACAUUCCUAUCAGAUUAUGCUACAAUCAGGUUUUAUUUAUUUUUAAUUUCAUACCAUUUUGCAAAUAUCACAGCAUUUAUGGAAUCUUAAUUUUGUAUUUGAUUAGAAGGUGCUUAAAAAAUCAUGUAGGAACAGCUUUUCAAAAAAAGUAGUGUGUAGAUGCAAAAUAUGCACAGGAAAAAAUCACUACUAUAUAACAGCUUGAUGCACAAGAUUUAUUUUUUACUAUUUGUAUUGCAUACUAUAUGUUAUAAUAGAAAUGAAGUUUUUUGGAAGCA